AUGGCAACGGCGGACGAAAUAAAACUUCCGAGGACGUUGCCCGUGUCCUCGAUUUUGAAAUCUUGCGAUGGUGGUGGGUCGAAAUUCCACUUUGUAGCUUUGAUUAGCCUGUCCUUUGGGGGAGCAGUUGGACUAAUGUUCUUAAUGCUUGGAUGUGCCCUUCCCCAAUACAACCAGUACUGGCCGCUGUUUGUUCUGUUUUUUUACAUCCUGUCUCCUAUCCCGUACUGCAUAGCAAGAAGAUUAGUAGAUGACACAGAUGCUACGAGUAAUGCCUGCAAGGAGCUAGCAAUAUUUCUUACAACAGGCAUUGUUGUCUCAGCAUUUGGGCUACCUAUAGUGUUUGCCAGAGCAGAACUGAUUUACUGGGGCGCGUGUGCACUUGUUCUCACAGGGAAUACAGUCAUCUUUGCUACGAUCCUAGGAUUUUUCUUGGUCUUUGGCAGCAACGACGACUUCAGCUGGCAGCAGUGGUGAAAGGAAGACAGAGAACUAUCACAGACAUCCUGUCAUUCAGUGGCCAUCCAUACAAACGGGAGAAUGGGCACUAAAGAGAAGUAGCAUAGCAAGCCUCUAGAGUAUUCUAGCUACUCCUUUUCUCCUUGUUCAUUCUGAGUAUACUACUGUUCUGCUGAUGAAUUUCUAGGUUUUAUGAAGUGGAGAGACUGUUGAUUUCACUUUUACCUACAGUAUAUUUUUAGGUGCUCUCUUGGUUUAAAAUAGUUAUUCUUGUUCUGUUUUGUGUUUAUGUAAAACUUUAAAGCUGGAACAAGAAUGUUUAAAUACGCUUUCAGAGAAGAUGAAACGUUUUUAAGUUUAGCAGGAAAACUAAGCUUCAAAAAACUUUAUUUUUUUGAAUAUUGUGUUUAAAUUAUGAUGCAUAAAAGCUGUAGUGAGGUAAGAGAUUGUGCACCACCAUGGUCAAUUAGCAGAUACAUAGAUUGUUACUAUAUUUCAGCAGGGACAAUGUGGGGAGGUACCAGCUGCAGAUUCUUCUGCUGCUCAUACCUCACUACGCAUGGUGAAUGUUGAUGACGUUCAUUUAAAGAGAAGGCUGAGGAGCAGCUGGAGUUACUUGGGAAAAACCCUAAACUUUAACAUCAUUAGAACUUCUACCUGCUUUGUUUUCAACUUUUGUGUGAAUGUGACAUGCAAAUUUUCUGUAAACUUAUUGAUGCUAUGACAUACAAAACUAAAUUGUGUUGUGGGGGAAUAGAAAAAUAAUGUUUAAAUUCCAUAUUUUUAAUCUAUUUUGAACUGUCUCUAUUUAUAAGUAUUGUAUUUUUGGUGUCUUACCACCACAAAGGUGGUAAAAAGUUCAUUUAUGGAACUACUGGUCUGGGUUAAUUUGAAGCAUAUACAAAGCUAUUCCCUGCUUUCCCUUUUUAAUUUAUUUUAUAUAUAGUAUAUAGAGAGUAAAACUGAUUUUCAAAUGUAGACUGACACUUGAUACGUGUUUAACUUGCCUAAGAAUGAGUGAUUUCUGUUUUCUUUUUUUUCCUCAACACAAUGCAGCUGAAGUAUGACUUUUUUUGCAAGUCACUGACCAAACUGAUUUCACGGACUUCUUAAGUUCUCAUGCACUAUUUGUUAAUAAGAUUUAAUGUUAUGUCUAUAAUUGUAGCUCUUGUUCCGUAAGAUUACACGCAUAAAUUCAAAUGUAUAAGACAGAUUGUCCUCAUACCUCUCAACUGUCUGAAUCUUUUAGAGAAAUCUUCCAUCAUUCCAUCACGAGAUAGUUGAUGAAUACCAGUUAACCAGGUUUCAUUGUACCACAUACAAUGAUCAACCUGACCAAAAAUGCAUCUAAACUGUGUUUUUAUUCAACCUAAAAAAAAAAAAAAUCCAGAAAACUUAUUGUGCACGAUUAAAAGCUAAGGAUAGCUUAGAUCUGCUUAACAGUGCAGCAGUACGAAAAGGCACAGAAUAGCAGGUCUUAGCUGUAUUUUGUUUGUAAUGUUUCUGUGGGCAGAUGUGAACAAAAUAUAAAGCUUGAAUAUUUGAAGUCAGAGUAAUCAUGGUAGUUACCUAUGUGAUAUGUUCAGGGAAUUUAUACCAGCAGGAGGGGUGUGGUUACCUACACUUGCUACUCUACUAGUGUCAUCCUGUAUGCAAAAUAAGAGGUCAAUUUUUACCUAUACUGCUAACAGAACAAAUGAGUGUCAAGACCGUAGUGCAGAAGCGAGUCUUCAGUGGACAGCAUUUCAGCCAUAAGUAAAUGCCUCACCAAAGUAUCUGUGAUGGUGAUGUUGGAGGGUGCCUGAGGGCUGGUAGGAUCGCUCGUUUUAUGGAACUUUUCCAAUGUGAAAAGUUCCCUCUGCCCCCCGCUUCCAACAUGAUAGAUGCUUCUGGAAACUUUCUGAACUAGUGGCUAAAUGUGCAGUUUUUGCCCUUGCAAAGGAGGAGCACUUGAGACUUGGACAAAUCUUUUUUGAAUCUGUAACAGAUUCUUUGGCAGACAGAAACCAAGUUUCUCAUUCCCGUGCUGCUAACAACCUAUUUGAUGCUAGUGUCCUACUCACUGGGCUAUAGAUCUGUCCAUGUAAUGGCGAUGCAAUUUUUUUUCUCCCUAUGUUAAUUGCAUUAACAGUAUUAUGUUCUUCAGCUUGCACACCCACUACAUGCUGCGUUGCUCUGAUUUCCGAGCUAGACGCUUGAGAGGUAUGACUUUUCAUUUAAUAUGCACUGAGAUAGCAUUAUGAUCCUUCUAUAGGGAAAAAUUUUGAACAAUAAAAAUUUUAAAUAGCGAUCCAAGUUCUGUAUAUUUAAUAAAUACUGUAAGAGUGUUAUGUUUAAAGUA